UCAGCGGCGGCGCCCAGGCGGUGGGAACCGACGCGCCGAGCAAGAUGGCGGCGCGGGUGUUGCGCGCCGGCGGAGCGGCCUGGGCCGGCGGUCUCCUGCGGCGGGCGGCCCCCUGCAGCCUCCUGCCGGGGCUCCGACAGGUUUCACCGUGUUGCCCAGGCUGGUCUGAAAGGGGCUCAAAUGAUCCUCCUGUAUCGGCCUUUCAAAGUGCUUGGAUUACAAGUGUGAGCCAUCAGGCCUGGACUAGCCAAGGGAGCCACCACAGCGGUCAGAACACAGACGCACAGGUUGACAUAGGGGCUGAGAAAAUCAGGCAGCCACCACGUGCGUUCAUGGAAGGCAUCUCGAAGAAGGCAUCAAGGACGUGGACAGGCUCCAGCAGCAGAUCUCGAGAAGACAGCUGGCUUAAGUCCUUAUUUGUGCGGAAGGUUGACCCACGAAAAGAUGCCCACUCCAAUCUGCUGGCCAAAAGGGAAACAAGCAGUCUCUACAAACUGCAGUUUCACAAUGUUAAACCGGAAUGCCUAGAAGCAUACAACAAAAUUUGUCAAGAGGUGUUGCCUAAGAUUCACGAAGAUAAAGACUACCCUUGUACUUUGGUGGGGACUUGGAACACGUGGUAUGGCGAACAGGACCAAGCUGUCCACCUCUGGAGGUACGAAGGAGGCUACCCAGCCCUCACAGAAGUCAUGAAUAAGCUCAGAGAAAACAAGGACUUUUUGGAAUUCCGUAAGGCAAGAAGUGACAUGCUUCUCUCUAGGAAGAAUCAGCUCCUACUGGAAUUCAGUUUCUGGAAUGAGCCUGUCCCACGAUCAGGACCUAAUAUAUAUGAACUCAGGUCUUACCAACUCCGACCAGGAACCAUGAUCGAAUGGGGCAAUUACUGGGCUCGCGCGAUCCGCUUCAGACAGGAUGGUAACGAAGCUGUGGGAGGAUUCUUCUCUCAGAUUGGGCAGCUGUACAUGGUCCACCAUCUUUGGGCCUACAGGGAUCUUCAGACCAGGGAAGACAUACGGAAUGCAGCGUGGCACAAACACGGCUGGGAGGAAUUGGUGUAUUACACAGUCCCACUUAUCCAGGAGAUGGAAUCCAGAAUCAUGAUCCCACUGAAGACCUCGCCCCUCCAGUAAAGCUGUUGAGUGGAUGUGUGCCCGCAUACAUGUCCGGGACAAGUAUUUGUCAUGAAUUAACUUUAAUUGUUUAUCAAGUGAAGAAAGAAACACCGAGGUUUAUGUGUGCCCGCAUACAUGUCCGGGACAAGUAUUUGUCAUGAAUUAACUUUAAUUGUUUAUCAAGUGAAAAAAGAAACACCGAGGUUUAAGCUGCCGUCUGUAGCUUGUGAGAGACCUCUUUUCUUUAAAAUUUACGUAAUCACAAGAAAGGCAACAGUUACAGUUGGACUGAUGCGGCAGUGCCCUGUCGGCCUCUGAAACAUCCCCGUGUCGUCCAGUCUACCUUGUAACAGCCACUCUUCCCACCCUCCAGAGCAAGUCCAGAUCGAAAUCUGAAUCAUCUCCAAAAUAAGAUUCCAACGAAGAAAAAAGUUAGCCAUUUCUUUACUAAAAAAAAAAAAUCUGCUUUCUAAUUACAGAUUUUUAGACAAAUUUCUUGUAUCAGGAAGAAAUACAAAUUUUGUCACAUUUCUCGAGCAGUUUUUCUGAGUCUCUGAGGAGGAGCAACUUAAAAGUAUACCCAGUAACUGGAAAUGUGUUACUUCACUCAUUUGUAAUCAGUCCACGCAGUAGACAGUGGGUUUCCCAAGCUGGGCAAGGUACAUUCAGUCCGUAAAUCACUUUCACGUCAUGAACUGUGCUGUUUCUAUGUGAGAGACAAAAACAGUGGCUUGAAACUUGUGUGUCACCUGUGAUUUUGAAAUGAACACCUUGAAUAGCACUAAUUUUUAUUUGUGAUAUUUUUCUAUAACAAAACAAGUAGCAGUAGGAAAAGAGGCUUUAUUUUGUAAAUGGUCAUUUGUGACCUCAGACACUCUCUGUUUAAUAUUUUAAUAAGCUCACAGCAGAUACUUCAAGAUCGAUGGGGGGUGGUGCAUGUUGAGAUUCAAAUUGGCAUAAAGCCGCAUACUUUUUGUCCAGCUGUUUGAUUCCGUUUUCAGUAUAGUGUGCCAGUCUUGUGACUUAUCAUGUGAAAGUGCUGCUGAAAUGAACAGUUACGUCUGCCCCACAAUCAAGAAUGUAAAGUGUGAACAAAUCUCAUACCCAAUGUCAAACUUUUACAUGUGAAUGAUUUUCUCCAAGAACAUAGAAAAGUCAAUAAAAUCCUCUUAAUUUUCACAUA